AUGAUAUCAGACAGGGGUGUUGCAGAUGGUCAGGUUGACUACCUGGAACGCAACCCGUUUUCGUAUCAUCCAUGGCGAGAGAAGCGGUCCUUCGAGGCGAUGUUCGACGCCCUCGAUGCGGACAUAGUCAUCUUCCAAGAGACAAAAAUCCAAAAAAAGGAUUUGCAAGAUGAUAUGGUUCUCGUUAAUGGCUGGGACUGUUUUUUCAGCCUUCCCAAGUAUAAAAAAGGCUUGAAUUCUAAAUGCUGCCCGAUUCGGGCUGAAGAAGGGAUUACGGGCAUUCUUUGCCUACCCGCAUCAGUGUCACCGUUUCCUUCUCCCACUUCAUUCCGCGACUUACCGGAAGAGGCACAGAUCGGUGGUUACCCUACUGCUGAACAGCUGGCUCUUUCAGACGUAGAUGCUUCCACGCUUGAUUCUGAGGGACGCUGUAUGAUCCUGGAAUUUCCAGCAUUUGUUUUGAUUGGUGUUUACUGUCCCGCGAACAGGGACGAAACGCGAGAUGGUUUUCGAACAGGGUUUGUAAAUAUACUGGAUGCCAGAGUACGGAACCUGGUCGCUAUGGGGAAGCGCGUUAUCGUGAUGGGGGAUUUAAACAUAUGUGGCUCAGAAAUCGAUUCGGCUCGCGCGCUUGAAGAGAUACGGAAAGGUAACCUGACCGAUUCGGAAUUUGUAUCUGCUCCCGUUCGUCGUGUUUUUAAUCAGCUGGUCUAUGGCGGGAAGGUUAUUGGUGACAGGGACCAAGGAAGGGAAACCCCCAUCCUUGUGGAUUUAUGCAGAAAAUACCAUCCUGAUCGGCCGGGCAUGUAUACUUGCUGGGAACAAAGAGUCAAUGCUCGACCUGGUAAUUACGGCUCACGGAUCGAUUAUGUCCUCUGCGAUAAAAGGAUGGAAGACUGGUUUUCUGCAUCCAAUAUCCAGGAGGGCCUUAUGGGUUCCGAUCAUUGUCCCGUUUUUGCCGAUCUUAAGGGCAAGGUGUUGUUGGACGGGGCAGAAGUCGACAUUCUCGACAUCCUUAACCCAAAGGGUACCUUCGAAAACGGCCAGCGGAAGCGGGAAUACUCGUCCGCAGACAUUCUUCCACUUUCAGGUAGAUUGAUUCCUGAAUUUUGUCAGCGACGAAGUAUCAAAGAUAUGUUAUUUCGGCAGAGUUCACAGGGUGGUAGCCAGGGUAGCAUGAAAGCUCCUAACAGCGGGACCACCACACUUUCUGCCGAAAAGACUUCCUUAGAUAUCAACCUUUCUACCAUAGAGGGGCCGACUAUGGCUUCUCCAUCUCCUACACCAUCGACGCCAUCAGCAGCGUCCACCACUCCUAAGCGGCCUCAUAAAGGGGACGAUGGCAUCACAUCACGACCAAAACGUUUGAAACGGAGCGAGUCAUCGACCGCUACUGCGACCAGGAAAGGGCAAAAGACCUUGAAAGGCUUCUUUGUCCCCAAAGAAUCCUCUAGUACUACAGCGGUUUCUAGAGAUGAUGAAAAAGGCUCCUCGAAUCCAUCAACCAUGGCAGGAGCAAGCAGCCCACAGAAGGGAACGACAAGAAAUCUUCCCCCAGACUCGAGCUUUUCUUGUCCAUCUGGAGACCAGUGUGGUCCAGAAGAAAACGGACGGCGACAAUUACAGACGGCUGACACAUUAUCGUACAAUGGAGAUUAUGAUAGUAAUGGUAGGGUACAUGACCCAAUUGCAAACAAGGAGUCAUGGUCAAAACUCUUCACGAAAAAGCCCCCACCGAGAUGUGAGGGCCACAAUGAACCUUGCAUCAGCCUUGUGACGAAAAAAGCGGGGAUUAACCGCGGCCGAUCCUUCUGGAUAUGCCCGCGGCCUUUGGGCCCCACGGGCAUUAAGAAAGCGGGUGACCAGUGGCGGUGCGAUACUUUUAUAUGGUCGAGUGAUUGGAAUGGCCCUGGGUGA